UGGGACUGUCCUCUGUGUCCUGUUGCUUCACUUUCCUGGAGGUUCCCCGCAUUUGUGUCCGUUGACCCUGAGGUACUGCUUUUCUUCAAAUGACCCUGUACUGAGUCCCCUGAGUCUCAGGUGCCACCUCCACCUAUCUCCAUCCGCAGGAAUAGGUCCCUAUGGGAUCAGUAAAAACAAAAAUAGUAAACCCUGUGGUGAAGGUAUGGCUCUGUUCUUUCUUUCUAUGCCUCAUGUCUUAAGGCCUGCUGUCUUUAUAGUGCCUCAUUCACUAGGUGCUAGCCCUUGUGGCAACUAGUAACAACUUUAAAAUAAAAGAAGUUAUUGGGUAUGAUGGUUCUUGCCAGUAGACCCAGCUGCUUGGAGACUGAGGCAGGAGGACUGCUUGAGCCUGGAACUAGAAAACCUGAGCAACAUACUGUGAAAAAUAUAUAUAUAUAUUUUAAAGUAAGUUCCUUAGUUGCACUGGCCACCCUUCAAGAAUUCAGAGGCCAGCCAAUUCAGAGGCUGUGGAACAUUUCCCACAUUGUACGUGCUAUUGGACAGGACUGUCCCCUGGGUGUUUCCUACCUGUUGGUGAGGAUUCCUGGUGUGGUACCACCAGGUUGAGACUCUUAGUCCUCCAUGUGAAGCAGUUGCUGCCUUCACAGUAGGAACUGUGGGUACCCCUGCCCUUUGCCAGAGGAGUUGGAAUGUCCUUGGAUCCUUGCUUUUCAGUGUAGGCCCCUGGGGAAGGCAACCUGUGCUUGCAACUCAAAAGUCCUCUUAGCAUGGUCCUUCCUCCCAAGGGUCCCUUGGUCUCCGUGUUGAGCCCUGUGGUGUGGCUUCAGCGUGACUAAAAAGACUGUGGUCUCCCCUGGAUUGCAUGUAACUUUCCUUAGGGCAAAGUUCUGGGUGCCUGCCCUGGUGGUAUAGGUUCCUCUGAGUCUAAAUUACCAGUCUAUUUGAUAUGGAAUUUCUUUGCGUGUGCAGAUCAACUCCCUUGUGGCUAAGGUACCUUUACAUCCUCUUAUCUUUGUAAGAUUUCUAUCUUUUCCCAACUCUCUCUUGGGUACUGCUUUCUGCCCCCAAAUCACCUGCCCUUCUUGGUAUCACACUCUUUGGGUUAGUAUUGUUCCCUUUUGGCUCAAGGAUUCUGCCCUGGGGUAAAUUUCUUGGAGAUCUACGCCCUCUCUGGUAGGAUGGGGUUUAACUCUUCUUAGUUUUAGGUAUCUCCUGUCACUCUUCCACCUUGCCCCAGCGUCCCCUCCCUCUUGCACACUUCAUGGGUGCAUACAUAGUAUCAGGCCUUCAUGUCGCUUGUCUCUUGGCUUGCCUGAGGAAUGACUUCUAGUCACCCCUGUUCCCAGUCCCUUUUUGUAGGAAGUGUGAUUUCUAGGGCUAGUGCCUUUGUCUUGUAGUCAGCCUUGUGCAGUAUGACUGUCCUGCUCUACAAAAUCCUUGGAUGGUUAUCUGGGGAAAGGAUGCUCUGUACUCUAGGAACCUUCCAGUUCCUGGGUCAGAGGACCACAAAAAGUGUCUUUCCUCAUUUUAACAAAACUCCCAGAGUAUCGCAGCUGGGCAAUUGAGGGAGCAUAAGGAGAAUUGGACCCAGCUUCUCAUUAGAUAGUACACAUUUUUUCCCUUUACCCUGCCUCUUACCCCACAUUUCCCACCCGUGUUCAUGUCUGUGGACCAGCAGAGGAAUAGGUGUUAAUUCCUUCCCAAUCUUUGCCAGCAGCGUCUGUCUCCAAGGGAGUAUGAAGAGAGUGCGUCUGUAGGGCAGGGAAGAUGGCGGACAAGCGCAAACUCCAAGGUGAGAUUGAUCGCUGCCUCAAGAAGGUGUCCGAGGGUGUGGAGCAGUUUGAAGAUAUUUGGCAGAAGCUCCACAACGCAGCCAACGCGAACCAGAAAGAAAAGUAUGAGGCUGACCUAAAGAAGGAGAUUAAGAAGCUACAACGGCUGAGGGACCAGAUCAAGACAUGGGUAGCAUCCAAUGAGAUCAAGGACAAAAGGCAGCUUAUUGACAACCGCAAGCUUAUUGAGACGCAAAUGGAACGGUUCAAAGUUGUGGAAAGAGAGACCAAAACCAAAGCCUAUAGCAAGGAGGGCCUGGGCCUGGCACAGAAGGUGGAUCCCGCCCAGAAGGAAAAGGAAGAGGUUGGCCAGUGGCUCACGAAUACCAUCGACACCCUAAACAUGCAGGUGGACCAGUUUGAGAGUGAAGUGGAAUCGCUGUCAGUGCAAACGCGCAAGAAGAAGGGCGACAAGGAUAAGCAGGACCGGAUUGAGGGCUUGAAGCGGCACAUCGAGAAGCACCGCUACCAUGUGCGCAUGCUGGAGACCAUCCUGCGCAUGCUGGACAAUGACUCCAUCCUCGUGGAUGCCAUUCGCAAGAUCAAGGAUGAUGUUGAGUACUACGUUGACUCCUCUCAGGACCCUGACUUUGAGGAGAAUGAGUUCCUCUAUGAUGACCUGGAUCUCGAGGACAUUCCACAGGCGCUGGUCGCCACCUCCCCCCCCAGCCACAGCCACAUGGAGGACGAGAUCUUCAACCAGUCCAGCAGCACGCCCACCUCGACCACCUCCAGCUCUCCCAUCCCCCCCAGUCCAGCCAACUGCACCACGGAGAACUCUGAAGAUGAUAAGAAGAGAGGACGCUCGACAGAUAGUGAAGUCAGCCAGUCUCCAGCCAAAAAUGGUUCCAAGCCUGUCCACAGCAACCAGCAUCCCCAGUCCCCAGCUAUGCCACCCACCUACCCCUCUGGUCCCCCGCCUGCCACCUCUGCCUUGAGCACCACCCCUGGCAACAAUGGGGCACCUGCCCCAGCAGCACCCCCAAGUGCCCUGGGCCCUAAGGCCAGUCCAGCUCCCAGCCACAACUCGGGCACCCCUGCCCCCUAUGCUCAGGCUGUGGCCCCACCAGCCCCCAGUGGGCCCAGUGCUGCCCAGCCCCGACCCCCCAGUGCCCAGCCUGGCGGGGGUGGUGGUGGCGGUGGUGGAGGGAGCGGCGGUAAUAGUAACAGCAGCACAGGUGGAGGGGCUGGCAAGCAGAACGGUGCCACCAGCUACAGCUCAGUCGUGGCAGACAGCCCUGCAGAGGUGGCCCUGAGCAGCAGUGGAGGCAACAGUGCUAGCAGCCAGGCCCUGGGUCCGGCCUCAGGUCCCCACAAUCCACCUCCCAGCACCUCGAAAGAAUCCAGUGCGGCAGCCCCAACAGGGGCUGGCGGUGUGGCCCCAGGCUCAGGGAACAACUCAGGGGGACCCAGCCUUCUAGUGCCACUGCCUGUGAACCCCCCCAGCUCCCCAACGCCCAGCUUCAGUGAGGCCAAGGCAGCUGGUGCUCUGCUUAAUGGACCUCCGCAGUUCAGCACCACCCCAGAAGUCAAGGCUCCUGAACCUCUGAGCUCCCUGAAGUCCAUGGCAGAGCGGGCAGCCAUCAGCUCUGGUAUUGAGGACCCUGUGCCAACGUUACACCUAACGGAGCGAGACAUCAUCCUGAGCAGCACAUCAGCACCUCCGGCCUCAGCCCAGCCACCCCUACAACUGUCAGAGGUGAACAUACCACUGUCGCUGGGUGUGUGUCCACUGGGGCCAGUGCCCCUCACCAAGGAGCAGCUCUACCAGCAGGCCAUGGAGGAGGCUGCCUGGCACCAUAUGCCCCACCCCUCUGACUCCGAGCGCAUCCGGCAGUACCUACCCCGGAACCCUUGCCCGACGCCCCCCUACCACCACCAGAUGCCGCCCCCACACUCGGACACCGUGGAGUUCUAUCAGCGCCUGUCGACUGAGACGCUCUUCUUCAUCUUCUACUAUCUGGAGGGCACUAAAGCACAGUACCUGGCAGCCAAGGCCCUAAAGAAGCAAUCAUGGCGAUUCCACACCAAGUACAUGAUGUGGUUCCAGAGGCACGAGGAGCCCAAGACCAUCACCGAUGAGUUUGAGCAGGGCACCUACAUCUACUUUGACUACGAGAAGUGGGGCCAGCGGAAGAAGGAAGGCUUCACCUUUGAGUACCGCUACCUGGAGGACCGGGACCUCCAGUGACACCGGCCCCCUCUACCUGACCCUUCCCCCGCAUGCUGAUCCCCCUGCCCAGGUGAGGGCCCUGCCCUGGAAGACUGGGGAGGCCCCAGGCCAUGGGGCACCCCCUCCCCCAGGAAGCAGGGAGAGGGCCGGGAGGUUUUCUCUUCCUCUCAGCCCCACCCUGGGGGCCCCGGGGGGGGCGGGGCGAGGGCUGCCCCCUCCUCCCCUCCCCAGUGAGGGACAUUUUUUGGUAAACCUAUUUUCAUUUUGGAAAAUAUUUAUGAAUAAAUAGUUUUAUAUGACGGCUGGCAGCACAGCCUCUCCUGUA